GCAGGAUGUCCCGACUCCGCAACCAUCUGUGUCCGCGAAGGAGAAACUCAUUACUUACCAAAGACGUCCGAGCGAUGGGUCAUCGGGAAACGUUCCGAAGAAGAAGGUGCUCGACAAACCACCUUCUAGUCUUCCGGGAAGCUCGCGUGCCGGUAGAAGCUCGCGCUCGCGGGACACCUCCCAACGUCGAAUGGACGAGGAGCCAAGCGAGAAGACGCAGGACAAUGAACGGAUUCGCCGAUUGCAAUCCCAGUCACUAGCCACGCGAAGGUUCACCCAGGGCGAAGGCUCUUGCGAUGUGAAUGCAGAGCGGGAGGAUAGUAGAGGUGACGAAGCCCGGGCAAGGGGCGAUGGAGAAGACGAUGAGAAUGAAGGAGAAUGUGGUGGUGGGCAGGACCACAUGGAUUGCGAAAAGGCAGCGGCAAGCGGUGGGGUGCUCGGUGGUAAUGUGGGUGGUUCGGAGAUGGAAGACCAGGAGAUGGAAGACGAGGAAAUGGAAGACGAGGAAAUGGAAGACGAGGAAAUGAAAGAUGAAGGACAGGAUGUCGAUGUUUCCGCGGAGCUUACUUCGAAGGGGGGGGGAAAACGCACAGCGGAAUCGUCGCCGAAGCGAGCCGCGCCUAAAAAGCAGGCUCGAAGAAAAGUUGUGCAGGAUGCUCGGCUCGCCUUGGAUGCAGCUGCUGGUACGCCUGGUGAAGCCGGUGUGGAAUCCAAAUCCAAAGCUCGGGUUUGCAAAAUGUCGCAACCCAGGAAGCCUGUGCGGCCGUCGAGGCACCCGGAAUCGGAUGACUCGAGCGACGACGCUGAAGGGGUGGCCCCUCGUUUGCUCUCCAUCCCUGACGACGACGAACCGGAGACGAAGAAACCCAAAGCGGUGAACAUGACGCCAUGCUUCUUCCUCGAGUACGACGAGGACGACAAAAAGAGAAAGGACCCGCCUAGGGUGGUCAUUGACGUCAUGCAGAUUCUUCCGAUUCCGGUGGGAGAGAUCACCUUCAACCAGCGAGCACUGAACCCGGCCAUCGUCGCAGGCAUCGAAGCGGCAAUCGAAGCAUCAACUCGCCCACAGUCCGUGGAUGAUCUGGCUCCGUGGGAUCCACCGGAGUUGGUGUUGGCUCCGAUUAAUCCAUCAAAGGACGCGGACGAACAAGGAACCCGCGUCCUUCCAGAGGAUUUCGACCCCGAACGGCCAGAUGAGUUUUUCUAUUACCCGGUUGCCGGUCAACAUUCUUCCGAAGCUAUGAAAAGAGCGGUGGCGAAGAACUCUGCAGCGGUGGAGGUGUUCGGCUUUCAGAAGUAUGAUCGUGUACGGAUCAUUUAUUUUGACGAUGACCAUACGAACGGGUACCAUUAUGUUUCCACAUAUGACAACACGCGAGGUGACCGUGCUAUGUUGCCAUCGUUCCACCAAGCCUGCGUGGACAUCAGAGGAUUUUGGGACAGCAAGAAACGGAUCGGGCCUGUGGGGAACGUGUCCAAAGGGGAUCCCAAAGGCUUGGAGCACCAGAAAACAUGGAGGGAAUUUUUGAGGUCGUGCAUGGGAAAGUCGUGUGAGAAAGCAUUGUGGACGGAGUGUAUCUUUGGGAAGUGGCAGCAGGACUGGACGAACAGAAUGAGGGGGUACAUGAAUGUCGCCACAUGCAAGGACCCGGAAGGCCGGGUGCCGGGCCAAUACACUGAAGAGGUGCAUGGGAAGAAGGAGCUGUUCCAUUGCAUAGCGGCUAAGGACGGGGGACCAAACGCUACCGUGUCCUUCAAAGAUCUCAUUCCAUCAAACUUUAAAUGUUUUGGAGAUAUGACGAGGCGAGAGAAGGAAAUUGCAUUGCGGUUGAUGAUAGAUAAGAAGGUCAUCGCCACUACCCGACUGGUUCCUCCAGGGAAGUUGAACAUGAGCAACCUCCUUGACAUCAUGCAGCGGGAAAGAUACAUGAUGCGUCUGUUCAACUACAUCGUCUUCAAAUCGAAAAACGAGGAGGGGAAAGAAUGGAAGGACGGGAACUUCAUCGACUACGAAAGGUUGGAGAAAAGGUUCGGUGUGAAGGCAGCCGAAUGGGAUGAGGAGAGGGAUAGAAUCCCUUUGGAAUAUGUCAGGAGGGUUCCUAAAAUACUCGGCGGAGAGCAAGAGGAAAAAGGCCUGAAAGGAGUUGGCCUGAAGGCCACCGCGGCGUUGUAUAGGGACGCACCUUUCCACUUCAAGUACUUCGUGUACCAUGCGAUUGGGAGAGUGGACUUGCUGAAAGCAGAGUUGCGGCGGUUGAAGAACGCUGCCCUUAAUCUUAGCUGGGAGAAGAAACAGCGACGGUCGACAUUGCUACCGGUCAACAUGCAACCGAAGGAGUUGCUGCCUGCAGGCGACGAAAUUGUGACUGCGGCCACGAACUUGAAUUGCAAGGCGGCUAUCCUGGAUCUCGCCAACCCGAAGGACUGCCUUGUAUGGACGCCAGCCGAUUUCGAUGCUCUGCGCAAAAUGACGACGAAAUUGUGCGGUAAUAAUUGGAUUCUGAUUGUAUUUGCUCCGCAAAAACAGCACAAGGCUGUCAUGAAGCAACUUUACAACGGGGACGAUGCAGAGGUGGUACUCGGGACUUGGAAGCAUUAUCUCGCGUUCGGAACGGCUGUCAGCAAGUAUGAAAACUGGCAAGUCGAUUAUAAGGACACGAUGAAGGUCGUCCUACAUGCUGAGGGGGGCGACCUCAGGAAGGUAACGAGGGCUCCUAAAUCAAAGGCAGAGAUAGWGGAGCUGAACGUUGAUGAGGAGCAAUUCAAGAGACGCACAGCAAAGCACGGUGGCGAGGAAGGAAACGAAUGAGAGGUGUAUGGGCGGUGGGAACGACAUUCUAAACGGUUGCAGAAGUUGUG